GUUUGUUGGGUUGCUUGGAGCUUCGAAAUUUUGUCUGCCAUGUAUGGACGAUAAAUAGAUUUCGCCGUGACUAGAAAAGGGCAUGUUAAGUGUCUAAAAAAACGAAAUAGUAACUCGGCAAGAAGAAACAUUCAAUACACGUAUAUAUAUAUAUUUAUAUAACAUUGGCAGAAAAUUCAAACACAAAUAAUGGCCACGAUUCGAGUACACGAGGACCAAGAAAAUCGUAUCGCAGAAAUUCGCCGCAGCAAAGAAAAUAUUACAGUGCCCCUUCAAACUCAAACGCUGCAACAAACAAAACGUGCAGUUCUGGGCGUUAUUCACAAUAAUUGUAAUCGUAAUUCAAAAGCGGAAAUUUACAAAGAUGAAAAGUAUCCGAAGACUAAGGCAGUUAUACCCAUGCAAUUUGAACCUUUUAAAAUUUAUGAAGAGAAAAAAGAAGAAGUUCUAUUUAAAAUUUAUGAAGAUAAACUAGAGGAGGAAACUUCUGUUGCACUAAGAGACACAAAGGACAAGAAAGAGGUGAAAGAUAAACAAGAUGUUAAGUCUGAUAAAAAAAAGCCAAGGUUAGAAGUGAAUCCCAUAAGUGUGUCAUCUCUGACGACGUUUUGCAAUGGUAAUGUUCAAGAUGUACAUCAGAAGAAACAAACUGAAACAAUUUUUCCAUGUGACAGUCCAAUGUCCUUGGAAAAAUCUGUACCUUACUCGUCCUCCUCUAAAAAAGAACUUCAGAGAAGAAGGGAGUCCAUGAAGGAGAUAAGAAUGAACUUUUUUGAUGUGGAUGAAUAUAGAGCUGAUAUAUAUAAUUAUUUACGUGUUGCAGAGACACAACAUAGACCAAAACCAGGAUACAUGAAAAAGCAACCCGACAUAACAUACUCCAUGAGAUCGAUACUUGUGGACUGGCUUGUUGAAGUAGCCGAAGAAUAUCGAUUACAAACUGAGACACUUUACUUAGCUGUUUCCUAUAUAGACCGCUUCUUAUCAUACAUGAGUGUUGUAAGAGCAAAACUACAACUUGUUGGUACAGCUGCCAUGUUCAUUGCUGCGAAGUAUGAAGAAAUUUACCCACCGGAUGUAGGAGAAUUUGUAUAUAUCACAGAUGACACCUAUACAAAGAAGCAGGUACUACGAAUGGAACAUUUAAUCUUGAGGGUUCUAUCUUUUGAUUUGAUUGCCCCCACACCACUUACAUUCCUCAUGGAUUACUGUAUUAGUAACAAUCUUUCAGAAAAAAUAAAAUUUUUAGCAAUGUAUCUGUGUGAAUUGUCAAUGCUUGAAGGAGACCCCUAUCUGCAGUUCGUGCCUAGUCAUUUGGCUGCAUCUGCAUUAGCACUUGCACGGCAUACACUACUCGAGGAAAUGUGGCCGCAUGAAUUAGAACUAGCAACAGGAUACAAUCUAAAGGAUCUUAAAGAAUGUGUUAUCUGCUUGAACAAAACAUUUUGCAAUGCAUUGAACAUUCAGCAGCAAGCAAUCCAAGAUAAAUAUAAAAGCAGCAAAUAUGGGCAUGUAGCAUUGUUAUUACCACGACGUAUUGAUCACGUAACAUUGACCUCUGAAGAUGAAGAAGAUAAUGCCUAGUAUUUACCAGGCAAUAAGAACAAAAUAGAAGAAUCUUUAAAUUUAUACAUAUUUGGAGAUAACGAACCUCCCACAAUAAAUCCCGUGUUUUAAAAUACAAGGAGGGGAUUAGGGGCAAGACUGACCUAUUGUUUCACAAAUGAAAUGUACGAGUUUAUUAUCUAUUAGCAUGUUCAGUCACUAUGCUUUGCCAGGGCAAACUUAUUGACUUUACACCACACAUUUCACU